AUGGGAGCUCAUAAGCUGAUAGUCAUGUCGCCGCCGCCGUCGCCUCAGCAGCAGCAACAACAACAACAACAACAACAGCAGCAACAGCAACAACAACAGCAGUUCCAGGGUCCGUAUCCGGGCCUACAUCAGGGCGCCCAAAACGCAGGUGUGGAUGCACCAAGCCUGGGAGAUACUGGCCGGCAUGAUGCUUCAACACCCCACCAGUAUUCAAUCCAGCAGCAGCAACACCAACAACCACAGCAACAUCAGCAGCAGCAACACCACCACCAGCAGCAACACCACCAGCAACAGCAACAGACCGACCCCUAUCAUAACCAUGCCCAGCACUUCCAUCAGCAACAACAACACCAGCAGCAACUUCCUCAGCAACACAUGCUCAUCGUCCCACCGCCGCCGCCACCGCCGCCACGGCGCGCCGCCGCACCCAACGAAGCUUCCGGCGCGCCGCCGCCGCCACCACCACCACCGCCGCCGCCGCCACCGCCGCCGGCGACAGAACAGCAGCCCGCGCACCUGCCUGAGGAUCUGGAGCAACGAGCCUUCAACAACAUGACGCCCGAGCAGCAAGCCCUGUACAUGGAGCAAUGGCAGCAAUACUACGCCCACCAGCAGCAGCAAUACUACGGACAGGGGCAGCCGGGCCCUCACGACUACUAUUACCAGCAGCAACCGCAACCGGGUUAUGGACAGUACGGCUACCAGGACCCCAACCAGUACUACGGCGGACAACAGGCGGCGUACGGCCCUGCGGCUGUGUACCCGCAGGAUCCAUACGGCCAGCAGCAGCAGCAGGCGGCGGCGGCCUAUCAGGUGGUGGCGAUAUGGGCUAUUGACGACUGCGCUAAGUGGGACGUAGCAGCAGCAGAGGAGGGCUGGGCCGCUAGCGCAUACCCCCAGCCGGGUCAGCAGCAGCUGUACGGCGCUGCGGGGGCGGCAGGGUACCCCUCCGCCAUGAUGGCGACGGCGCUGCCACCACAGACUGCGUACGGCACACAACCCCAGCACCCGGGGGGGACGUUUGCUGUCCCGGGCCGCUUAGAUGUCAUGUCAGGAGGCACCGCAUCGGGAGCUGCGGGGCCCGUCACAUCCCCGGCGGCCAUUCCAGGUAGCAAUGCUGCCGCUGCCGCCGCGGCUGCUGCUGCUGCUGCUGUGGCGACGGGGGCCGCGGCCGGCGGCGGCGCGAAGCGCAUUCCCGAAUGGCUCCGCGAGGAGAUGCUGAAGCGGCAAAUGGCGGCCACGGCCACGGCGGCGGCGGCAGCAGCAGCACCACCACCAGUAGCACCAGUAGCACCGGCACGGUGUUGUUUAGCCGUACAGCCAGGCGCUGCCAAACUUGUUAGACCACACGGCUACGGUGCUCUGUCAGUCAACACCAAUUCUUGUGACGCGCUAGCUGCCGCACGCAUUUUGUUACGUGUUUCUGGUGGUUCCUCCGAAUGUGGUGAUGUGGCAGGGGAUUCUAAAAAGCGCGACGAAGAUGAGGGUGAUGAUGAUGAUGAUGAUGAUGAUGAUGAUGAGCGGGAUGGUGAUGACGGUGGCCGUGGCGGCAAGAAGGCGGUCAGCAAGCCGCGCCGCUUCACGGAGGCGCCCGUGGAUGCCCGAGUCGGCGGAGACGAUGGCGCAAGUGGUCGGUGGGGCGCUAAGGCCCCCGCACAUCCACGCAAGGAAAUGCUGACUGACGAGUCGGAGGAGUCAGAUGACGAGGAGGAGGCCCGCAUGCGUCAGGAGGUGGUCAACCGGGAGAUCAAACUCAACCUGACGCAAAUCCUUGUGGAGGUGACGGACGCGCUGUUUGUCGUGUUCGCACGUCUCAAAUGCCCGAAUGCCAAUCAACCAAGCCUUGCGCCGCCCGAGGAGGUCGCCCGGGAGGUGUACUCGGAAACCAUCUCCUCACGCAAGUCCAAGUCCGCCCAGCUGGGUGCCGUCAAGCUGGACGCGCAGGGUGCGGCGGCGCUUGGUGCCGUACUCGGCAGCGGCGGCGAUGAUGACGAUGACGAGGGCGGCGGCGCCGGCGCCGGCCUGUUGGGCCUCGGCUACGGCUCUGACGAGGAAGCGAAUGACGACCGGCCCGUCACGACAACCCCCGCGGGUAACGCCCUGACGGGGGCGACGGCGGCCGUGAAGGAGGACGACGGGGAGGACGGCGAGCGGGUGCAGGAUGGAGCGGGUGGGGGUGCGGGCGUCAGUGCGGAGAGCGGGAGGGAGGUCAAGGAGGAGGACGGAGCUGUCAAGGACCGGGACGCGGAAAUAAGCGGUGCUGCCGGUAGUCGUGAGUUGCAGCAAGCGCCUAAGGAGGGGAGCGAAGGGGCAGAGCAGCAGGUGAGUGUGUGGCUGUUGCGCGAUGAUGGUUCCCGGCUGCCGGCCAAGGUGAUUGCGGUGCUGCCGGCCUCAGCUCUAGGCGAUGCUGUGCGGUACAGCCUGGUGGCCGAGGGCCGCAAAGUGACGGCGACGGAGGACCAGCUGGCGGCUCAGCAGGACAGGGGCCCGCAGGGGCCCGCCGAUUCCGGGCCGCAGCUGCCGCAGCAAAAUGGGGCUGCGGGGCCUGACGCGGCCCCGCCGGAACCUGGGACGACGGCGGCGGCGGCAUCAGCUGUUUUGGAAAGGCCGGCGGCCGCCGGUGGUGGCGCCGCAGCCGGAGCCGCAGCAGACCGUCGUCGAGACCGCUCCCCCUCGCGGUCACCUGCACGCAAUCGGGAUCGAACCCGGGAUCGCGAGGGCGGAAAAGACAGAGACCGCGAUAGGGCCCGGGAGCGCGACACCAAGCGCCGCAGCCGGAGCCCAAGUCGCGACCGACGACGACGAUCUCGGAGCCGGGACAACCGCCGUGACAACCGCCUGGACUCCAGGCGCUCCUCUCGUAGCCCAUCAGGUCGCGAGCGGAGUUUGGAGCGGCAUGGUGGCGGUCGGACGCCGCGUGCUGCCGAUGGUGGCAAGGCGAAGAGGGAUAAAGACAAGGACGGGAACCGGGGUCGUGAUCAGCAGCGGGGGCGAGAACAGGAGCGAGAUGGGAGGCGGGAACGAGGGGGCCGGGAUGACACCGUGUUGACGAAGGGUCGCGAUAAAAGGGAUGACCGAGAUCGUCAUCAGGAUGGGGACCAUCCGGGUCGGGAUAAGGGCCCUCGUGAUGGUAAGGCCCGUAGUGGUGGUGGUGGUGGUGGUGGUGGCAGUGGCAAAGAUGCAGAAGGCAGCAAGCAGCAAGGCAAGGACAAGGGCCGGGACCGGAAUACGGAGUCGGAACGCGGUGGUGAGCGGGACCGAGCCAAGGACAAGACUAAGAAUCGUGACAACAAGGAAACAGGGCGGCGAGAGAAGGGCAAGGAGAAGCGCCGGCGUGCGAGUUCUUCCUCGUCUUCGUCUUCGUCCUCCUCCUCGGAAAGUGGCAGUGAAUCGGAUAUGGAUUUUGGUACCCGCGAAAGUGACUUGUCUGGUGCCCCAGGUCGGUCUAAACGGAGCGGCGACAGGCGUAAGAGCAGCGGCAGCGCCAAACACAAGAAGAGCCGCAAGUAG